UAGUUUCAAUAUUUGUAAAUUAAAGAAAGCACCGAAAUGGCGAAAAAUCAGCUCUUCCGCCUCCUCCUCAUCGCCGCCGCGCUCCUCCUCAGCACCGCCGAUGCCGGCGGCGAAUUCAGCUGGAUUCCGGCGAGCUGCCAGGGAUCGAUAGCGGAGUGCAUGGCGGAGGGCAGCGGGGAGUUCGAGAUGGAUUCGGAGUCCAACCGGCGCAUAUUAGCCACCACCAAGUACAUCAGCUACGGUGCGCUGCAGGCGAACAACGUGCCGUGCUCUCGCCGCGGCGCUUCCUACUACAACUGCCGGCCUGGCGCCGAGGCCAACCCCUACACUCGAUCGUGCUCCGCCGCCACACAGUGCCGGAGUUAGUUUUGUUGUUUCUGUUUUUGCUCUCGGGUUUUUAUUACAUGUUGUAUGUUGAUAAACAAAGGUAAAGAGUGAUGUAAUAAUCGAUUUUUCGCAUUCGAAAGAUCUCUCUGUAUACUCUAUGAUUAUCUCUUAUUAAUUUUUUAUGGUGUGCUAACUUGGAUUCAA